AUGGAACCAGUUCGAUAUAAAGAAAGGAGGAAACAGCAGAUGGUGCGGUUCUUCUCUGCUACUGCCAUCACUUUACUUUUCACCAGAUUACUAAUGAAGAGGUUGCAAGUACCGCGAUAUGAGCCUGGUAUGUUCCAAUUGAACCAUAAGGUGCCCCCAAGAACAGAUAUGAAGAACGACAUUAUGAAAGCUGGGAUACUGACCACGGGGAUGGUUGGCGGUCUUUUCAGCAUGGGACUUUAUGGAUACUGUUGGACUAAAAAUAUCUCUACAAUAAGGGACUUCAGAGGGAAUCUCAACGGGUAG